GGCGAUGUGUCAUACAGCCGACGUCUUUAUAAAGGAAGUUUUAACAAGCCUAAACAUUUCACUGCGCGAAAAAUAAGACACACUCACAUCCUUCUCUUUCUAAGCAGUCAUCUCUCUGUAGUUUUCUCCUGCUGUCCGUCUGUCUGUCUGUUUCUUUCACCUACUUCUCAAAGAUAAAAGGAACUUUGCUAUAACUUUAUAAAGGCAAAAACUUUAUCAUUUGCUUUCAUUUUUUUUUAAUUUGUCUCACCCACACAAAUAUUCUUUCAUUCAUUCAUUCAUUCGUCUUUUGCCCUGCGGAGAGUAAAAGAGCCAGAAGAAAUUUGGGAGCACGUGACACGUCCUGGAGUUGCAGUCAUUCAAUAUUUAUUUUUCCGCAACCUUCAUUUGCUUAUUUAUAUUUAUUUAUUUAUUAUUUGCUUGCUUAUUUAUUUUUAUCUCGGACCGAGGAAAUAUGAAAUUGUGGACUGCCUUCGCCCUCAAACUGGCCAUCUUACUGUUGCUGACCCCCCUGUCAUUGUCAUUUCCGACUCCUGUCCACCAUCGUCGAACUGUUGACCCUGAGAUAUUGACCAAUCAGACGAGGCAUCUGCUUAAAUUAACACAGGAUCUCUUGGAAAAUCAUGUCAUUGCCACUGAUAUUGAACACAGGUUCAAAACACUUCCAACAAUAACCAGCAGAGCGACAGAUCUGAAUUCUCUGGAGGUGAAGUCAACAUUGGCCCAGCUCCACGCAGACCUGCUGCUGUAUGACCUCCAUUUUGACUGGUUAAACAAUGCGACAAAGAAGCACGAGAAUGCUGCUUUGGCUAAACUAGGAGAGCUGAUACAUCUCCUCAAGGCGCUCAUUGUGUCCCUCCAGCGGCAGAUGUCAAAACCGGAGGUAAUACGAACACCUGCCCGUUCUCUGCCUCUGCCGUCCAUUCCUGUGUCACAGUGGGAAGUAGUGCAGUCAUCCCUCGAGAUUCUGCAGAAGUUCCGCCUCUACUGCGACUGGACACUGCGCGUCUUACUCAGCCUCAAGCUGAAAAAUUAAUGGCCGACAGGGCAGACAGUCAAUGCAUCCACGCCUGCAGGCCUUCAUGUGCCAACGCUCUCUCCACAGUGACUGUGGGGACAGUUUGCUUUGCCCCCUUUUCCAUGAUUUGUUCAUGACAAUUUGUGUUAUUUAUCUAUCUAUUUAUUUAUUUAUUUAUAUUAGUUAUUUAUUUGAGGAUUUUAUUUAUUUGUUCUGUAUCUUAUCAUUGAUAUUAUUACUUAUUUUGUAGCAUUAAGGUGUGAAUUAAGAUGUAAGAUUCCUUCAACACUUCCUCUGGCCAAGCUUUCUAUCACUGUAUUAAAAUAAAGAGAGAUAGUUACGGAAGCACUUCUUGGGUUCACAGAACCUCAAAAUUCAAUUGAUUGUAUGUCAAAAUAUAUCAUUGUUUAAACUUUUCUUUUUUAGUAUUUAAUCAGCAGUUGUGUUUAUACUGCUGCUGCUAAAUGUAGCAAUAGACUAGGAAAUGCAGCCUUUCUUUCUGUUUUCAUGUGGGAGUUGGGUGAAGUUGCUGCUAGAUGCUGAUCCAAGAUCAGCGUUCACUGGCUAUGAAUAACAUUUGGUUAGUGCAGAAUUAUGCCAAAUUAACUAGUAGCAACUUCAAACAUAAACAUGUAAUAUAUAUACGAAUAUCUGUAGAUAUUACCUCCUAAAACUGGUUCAGAAUCUUUUUGCACAGUUUGGUUAUGGUUAUAUUUUGGUUACCUGAUCCUGGAUUAGUAUUUGGGAGUAAACAUGUACUCUGUGCAAUAGAGUAUGUUCUUUGAUUAAAUUAAUAAUGAUAUUUUUGUAUUUGUGUUUAAUAAAGCACUCAGAAUUUGUAAUACAGUGUAAAAGGCAUAUUGCAUUAUAUUGCAUUUUUUCCUAUUGUACUGUCAUUUUUCUAGCAUAUAAUGUACUGUAUUCUGCGAAUUUCAAUUUGUAUCAAUAUAUUUGUAUCUCGGUAUCAGUAUUUUUUUCUCAGUUUUUAAAACUUUGGUACAGUAUUUUUUAUUUAUUAUGUUUAGGUCAGGGUUUAUUAUUUAUUGAUUCGAGUGGAAGGACGACUUUUGCAAUUUUUUCUUAUGUAUGAGCUAUUCUCAUCACGAUCAUCAUUGUUAUUUAAAAUAUUGACGCUAAGUAGUACUGUGCUACAACUAAAAUGAAUGUUCGUAUAAGUAAGGUAUGGUUUGCAUACAGCGAUGAACCGAAAUGUGAAACGUUGUAUUGGGGAAAAACACAAAAAAUGUACAAACGUAAGAAACAAAUAAAGAAAAUGGCGAAAACA